GAACACGGAAACAAUAGCUUAGUAGAGCAAAGGAUGGGUAGGUUACUGACUACUUGAAAAGUAGCCUACGUCACUAUAAAAGUCCGUGCAGUUGUUUACUUUCGGUCCACAACAGACACUGACAACUAUGGCUCUCGUGAUAAGGAUAAUUUUCCUAGCAAGUGUUGCGUAUUUAACUUCAACAGCGCACGAUGGACCACUGAUCCACACCAAGCUGGGAGCCCUCAGAGGCGAGUACUUGCGAGUGAGGGGAAAGACGACAGUGGUGCACUCGUACCUGGGCGUGCCCUUUGCUAAGCCACCUGUGGGACCCCUCAGGUUGGCCCCACCCCAACCUGUGCAGGGAUGGGAGGGAGUCAGGGAUGCCACCAAGCAACCAUUUAUGUGUAUACAAGACCGACAGGUGUCUGUAAAUUUGUCAGAAUCUGUUGGCAUGAUUAUGGAGAUUCCUGAGGUGUCUGAGGAUUGUCUCUAUCUCAAUGUUUACACUCCUGCCUAUCCUGCUGAAGAUGCCAAGUUACCGGUCAUGGUGUGGAUCCAUGGGGGAGGGUUAGCCAUGGGCUCCGCCUCCUUUUAUGAUGGAUCUGUCCUGGCAGCCUAUCAGAAUGUGGUGGUGGUGCUGAUUCAGUACAGAUUGGGAAUGCUUGGCUUCUUCAGCACUGGGGAUGAUAACGCCCCUGGAAACUGGGGACUCUUGGAUCAGGUGGCCGCACUGCAGUGGGUCCAGGAGAACAUCCAGAGCUUUGGAGGGGACCCCUCGUCUGUCACCAUAUUCGGACAGUCUGCAGGGGGGGUGAGCGUGUCACUGCAGCUUUUUUCACCCUUGAGCUCUGGGCUGUUCCAUCGAGCCAUUGCUGAGAGUGGCACUGCAGCCAUGGAUCUCGUCAGCUCAGAGCCUUUGGCCGUAGCCAUGAUGGUGGCCAACGCAUCAAGCUGUGCUGGCACCAAGCCACACGAGAUUGUGGACUGUGUCAUGCAGAUGUCAACUGAGGACAUUUUGAAGAUUGCUAGGAGUCCAGAAUUUAUGUUCUUGGUGACAAUUGAUGGACAAUUUUUACGCAAACCUCUGGAGGAGCUUUUCAAAUCUCACGAAUUCAGCAAAGUGCCAUUAAUUAAUGGCAUUACCAAUGAUGAAUGUGGAUGGUUAAUGCCCGCGUUCAUGGCACCACCUGGCUGGACAGAUGGGAUGGAUCUAGAGACUGCCAAACAGAUCGUCACCCCCUUCCUCCUACAUUCAGGAGCCAGUGAGAUUGACUUCAUUUUGGAAGAGUAUCUGGGGAAUGGAGAGGACAUGUUGAAAAACAGGGAUGCAUUUACAGAGGUCUUUGCAGAUGUAGUGUUCAAUAUACCUGCCAUCAAGCUAUCAAAAGCUCACAGAGAUUCUGGUGCACCUAUAUACAUGUAUGAGUUCCAGCAUCCUCCAAGAUUCCUUUCGUACAAGCGCCCAAGCUUUGUCAAAGUGGACCACGGAGAUGAACUUGCCUUUGUCUUUGGAGGCUGCUUCACGAAAGGCCAUGUCAAGAUAAAUGGUUCGUUCACUGAAGAGGAAGACGAGCUUUGUACGACAGUGAUGUCAUACUGGGGCAACUUCGCGCGCACUGGAUCCCCCAAUGGUCCAGGGUUGACCCACUGGCCGAUGUACGGUGCUGGGGAAGAGUACUUGGGGAUCGGGCUGAAGCAGCAGGUGGGAAGCCACCUGAGGGCCAACCGCUUCACCUUCAUGACGGAGACUCUUCCCAAGAAGAUCCAGGAGAAGAAGCAGCAGCGCAGUGAUGAGCUGUAGAAGGCUGAGCCUCAGAUCCCCAAGAAGAUCCAGGAGAUCCAACAGCAGAAGCAGCAGCACAGUGAUGAGCUGUAGAGGGAAAUCGUCAACUCCAAUCUCUCUUCACAUGAGAACAACACUCCCAUGUCAAAGGACAUAGGAAUUUGUUAUGAAAACAUAAAAAUGAAACCAAUAUCUUAGUGCCAUUGUUGAUGGAAGGAUGGAAUGGAAAAACACAAUUCUUUAAUCAGAGUUCUAUCAUGGCCAGUUGCAGUCAUCUGUUUGUGUUCUCUGUGUGAGGCAACCCUCAGAAACCUUAUGUAUAAGUCUAUGUGUCACCUGGACAAAUCUGAGAACAGUAUGAUGCCUUAACCAGCCCUAGAAAGAGCUGUGUGUGGUACUCAUCCAGGCUUAGAAAACACUGGGGAGAGAAACUGUACUCUAGAGUGAAUGAUUGAUUGAUACAUUGAUCAUAUAUGUUUCACUUUUAUGAGAUGAUUUAUUUUAUUUCAUUUUAAUCUAUUUACUUUUAUAUGCCCUCCUGUGAGUCUGAAAUACAGAUUAAUUUAAUUUAAUUUAA